AUGCUCUCACGUGUUGCUGCAGUGAAGGCACCCCGCACACACAACCGUCGCCGCGUGACCGGAUCCAGCGGAAGGAGGAGGGAAGGAGGAGAGAGUGAGCGGCAGAGGCCCAACAUGUCCCGGCGUGUGUUUACUUUCGCGGUGCUGCUCCUCUUCCUCCUCGUUAUGAUGUGCUGCGCCUGCGAAGCCGCACACGCGGAGAACAGUGCUUCAGGGACUGAUCCAAAGUUUGAAUGGAAGGACGCCAAUGGUGGUGUAGGUGAUGUAACUGUGAAAUCGUUGGGUGUUCCCGGCCUUUUGAAAGUGGGGAGUGACGUAUUUGCCGUUGCCGAGGCGCAGUGCAAGGAGCGUGAAACCAUCUUUACUGGCAUUGCAACUCAACUUGUGACGACAGCAAAGGCUAACGAACCGAAGGAAGUGCUGAAGGAUGCCAAAGAUAAAACGCAAUUUCUGGAGGAAGGCACUACCGCAAUCAAGAAGAAAGUAGAUGUGAGCCGGCCAACAACAGUUGUGAAGGAAAAUGAAAUUUACUUGCUUGCUGGAAAAUACAGCCGGACAGCUGCCGCUGAUGAUGGAGAGAGUGGUGCAGGUGACUGGGGACUUUUGCUGAUGAGAGGGAACGUCAGUGUUGAGGGAGGCAACCGAAAACUCCAAUGGAAUGAGAACCAGCGACUGGUCCGCGCUCUCUUUGAGGGCGAACAGGAUUCCUUGAUGCAGCUUGUUGCAGGCGGUGGAUCUGGUAUUCAGACGGAGGACGGCACGCUUGUGUUCCCAGUGGAAGCCACAAAGAAGAAUUCGGGGCAAAGCGAAGUUGUGGGCGGAAAGACUGUCUUGCUGCUCAUGUACUCUUCGGAUGCUUCGAAUUGGAAGCUGUCGAAGGGGAUGUCUGCCGAUGGCUGCAGCGAUCCCUGCGUCGUGGAGUGGAAGGACAAAAAACUCAUGAUGAUGGCUGCGUGUGGUGAUGGCCGCCGCAGGGUGUACGAGUCCGUUGACAUGGGGGAGUCGUGGACGGAGGCCCUCGGGACACUCUCGCGCGUGUGGGGCAGCCCAAAAGGCGCAAACGUGAAGGCUGUUGGGAGCGGGUUCGUCACAGCGACUGUUGGCAAUGGAGAUGAUGAUAAGAGAAGGGUGAUGCUCGUCACUCUGCCGGUGCCUCCUACGGAGAGGGAAGAGGAGGAAAAGGAAAAGGGCGAACUUCAUCUUUGGCUGACGGACAAUACGCACAUUGUUGAUAUUGGGUCGGUAUCUGUGGAAGGGGAAGACAAAGUUACCGCCAGCUCCCUGUUGUACAAAGGUGGUGAAACUGAUGGUAAUAAUGAGGAGCUGAUUGCGCUGUACGAGAAGGAUAGGAGCGGUGAAGAUACAUCAUCAAACAGUCUUUGGUCUGCGCUUCUGACUGAGCAGCUGAAGCGGGUGAAGGAUGUGCUGGCGACCUGGAAGAAAGUGGACGAACGUGUCUCCAAACUGUGCCCCACUUCAAGUGCUGCGGAGAGUACCUCGACUGGCACUGCCUGCACUUCUGUGGUCACGGAUGGGCUGGUUGGCUUUUUGUCCGGCAACUUCUCUGAGAAUACGUGGAGGGACGAGUACCUCGGGGUGAAUGCCACAGUGAAGAGUGGUGUUGGGGCAGCAGGGACUACCGAUGGUGUGAAAUUCCGUGGCGCAGGGGCGGAGUGGCCCGUUGGCAAGCAGGGGCGGAAUCAGCUGUACCACUUUGCGAACUACAACUUCACUCUUGUGGCGACGGUGUCCAUCGACAAGGAAUCGACGGAGGGUAAUAUUCCAUUGAUGGGUGCGAAGAUGAAUGAUGCAGAGAAUCCAGUACUUCUUGGACUGUCGUAUAACAACAAAGAGAAGAAGUGGACAUUAUUGUGUGGUGACGGAAAGAAUACGGAGCAAAACCGCAUUGAGGGGAAAGAGAAAACACACCAAGUGGCCAUUGUGCUGCGGAACGGCACUCAGGGCUCCGCGUACGUCGAUGGUAAGCGUGUGGGUGAGCCAUGCCAAUUGGAAGGUAAGGAAGAUAAAAAGAUCUCCCACUUCUACAUUGGAGGGGAUGGAAGCAACAAAGGGAGCCAAGAAGGCGUGUCUGUGACUGUGACGAACGUCCUGCUGUACAACCGCCCGUUGGAUGACAGUGAGAUUACUGCUCUUAAUGCAAUUAAAGUCCCGAUUACGCCUCCGAAGGACCAAAAUGCGCAGGAAAUCGUGUUGCCUUCUGGUGGAACACCGCAUGCGGGACAGGAACCUUUGAAUGGAGGUAAAGGUGCUGACGGCGGAAGUGCAUCCCCAUCAGCUUCCAUUGCUUCGACAUCCGUGCCUGUGGGGCAGACCGUACAGCAGUUGGCUUCUGAAACAUUUCCCGAUGGAAAUGCAGAUGUGGAUGUCUCUCCCUCGUCUAGCGGUAACCCGACGGUGGGGGAGGGGAGUGCAGAUACGAUACAGGGGGAUGGACCGCACACACCUUCCGUGGGUAAUACCGCCGCCGCCGCCGACACAAAAGUUCUUACCGCUAAAGGCGAGGGGCACGAUGGACCCGCAUUGACACGUGAUGUGAGCGUGAGCUCUGGUGCGGAUGGGGAGACGGCAGGAGGAACGGAUGGGCAAGAGGGAAUCCACCCACAGAACGGGGAAGUAAAGUCUGCGGCACUCAGCAGCAGCCUCGGAAAUUUGUCGCAGGGGAAUAACAGCGAUGCCGGCGCUGUGCGUGAGAGGAGGGCGCUGCCGCUGCUCCUUCUGCUGUUGGGACUGUGGGGGUUUGCGGCUGUGUGA